ACUGCUGACUCAAGGGCAUGCAUGAAAAGAAUGAGCAGAUUAAACGGCUGGCAACAAGAAAGCAGAUGUGUCUCAUUGCAGCUAUCACAUGAUGGGCCGAGCAAUCUAAUCAGUUAUAAAAGAGCGAGCAAAAAAUAAAAUAAAUAAACCUCCCAUCUUGUUGAGCAGUAGUUGCGCGGAGAAGUCGAAGUUGUUGCAGUUUGGAUCUUCAAAAUAAACACCAUGAGAGCUUUGCAUUUUCUUUUAUGCCUGGCUUUGAUUUUAAUAAUUCCAGACACUCAUGCAGGCAAACGUGUUAGUGAUAUGAUGCCAUCUGGGGUCUGGAUGGGGUCGGAGAAGCAUGCCUGGUUACAGGGCUGGUCUUUGGACACCAAUGGCUGGAAUGAGGGGCUCUACCCUUCCAUUAACUACAGAAGGGGCCCGGUAGAUGCUUCGGUUCACCCAGGUGAGUCUGUGUACAAUGGGACUUCCUGGAUUGAUGAUUAUGGCUUUGGAAACUGCAGCAACAAGUCAAACUGCAAUGUGUUUCCAGACGGGAAGCCCUUUCCUCAGCGUUUAGACUGGAGGAGGAACAGCUAUGUUUAUGUGUGGCAUACCAUGGGUCAGUACUACCAGAAGCAUGAUCGCUCUGUUUCAAGCAUCACUCUCAACACAACCAACAUCACCCUUGGUGCACAGCUUAUGGAGUUGUCAGUUUAUCGCAAAAGUAAUCGCAGAAAGUAUAGUCCUGCAGCAACUGCAAGUGGCAUCUAUUUUGUUACAGAUCAGAUUCCUUUCAUUGUCAACAUCUCCCAGAAAAACGACCGCAACGCCUCUGACAAUGUCUUCAUCAAGGACGCGGACAUCGUUUUCAACGUCAAAAUCCAUGACCCCAGCUACUACCUGAAGGUGGCGGAAGUGUCCUACAAGUGGGAUUUCAAUGAUGGCAACAUGCUUAUUACUCCCAGCUCUGUUGCUACCCAUGCUUACAACCAGCUGAUGAACUACACUGUGAAACUUACAGUUGAAGCAAUCUUCAAAGUGCCCUGUGGACCUGCUACCCCAACACCUACAUCUGUUACAUCAAAUCCAGUGACAGUAAUGCCUUCAACGACUGCUCCUUCGUCCACCAAGAGUCCUGAGCCCACAAGUCGGGAGACUGCGACUGCUGGUUCUGCCACCCAGACAACUGCCCCCCUUACUACUGAUGCUGUCACCCAGACAACUGCACCCCCUACCACCAGGGUAGCCUCUACUACCAAGACUUUCAACACUAUCACCACUGCCUCCACCUUGGCAACCACCACUGAACUGCGUCUGCUCCAGAGGCGACGACGUGGUCUAGAAUGCAAGCUCUACAGACAUGGAAGCUUCAUAGCUAACCUCAGCAUUGUAGCUGGGAUCAUUACAGUGGAGAGUGUCAGAACUACCAGCAUUAAGGUUUCUACUGCAUCUGUAACUGACGUCAUCGUGGAUUUUUUGGUGAAAUGUAACGGCAGUAUUCCCACAUCUGCUUGCACCAUAAUAUUGGACUCUACAUGCAAGGUAACAAAGAACAUAAUUUGUGACAAAGUCCCUGCUGCUGACCAGUGCCAGCUGACCCUACACAGGGCCUUCAAUCAGUCAGGGAUAUUCUGUGUGAAUAUUACCCUCAGCGACUCUGCCAGUCUAGCCCUAGCCAGUACACAUUUGACUAUUGGAGAACAGACUAAAUACAUUGUGCCCAAAGAGGCUUCUGUCAUAGCUGGCGCCGUCCUGGUGGUCCUUACUGCAGUAGCAGGUCUUGUUCUCUACAAGCGCUACAAGGAAUACAAGCCUGUGAACGGACAUCCAGGGGAUGGCAGUGUUGAAGGAGUAACAAUCUACUUCAGUCAGCUGAAGGUGGCCCUGUUCCCUGGGAAUGAGGAGAGGAACCCACUGCUGCAGGGCAAAACGGAUUCUGACUAGUGUCGGAGCCCUACCAGUUUACUGUUUGUUUUUUUGCAUAUACAGCUAUUUGAGAUUUGUGUAUGCACCUGAUACUUGUGAAUCCUUAACAGAUUUUAUAUGUAGUGUGUGUCUUUGUAAGCAAUGAAAUCAAAUACUUUUGUACUAGCACAUGUUUAUACGAUUGUGUACAAAAGGCCUUGUCCUGUCCAUUCUUAUUAUUGAUUUUUUUUUUUCUUUUAACUAUGAAAUUGAUUAAACGUAAAUUGGCACAUCAGCCAGAUUCUGCUCUUAUUCAUCAAUCAUGUUCCACCCAUUGAAAAAAUUUCACAAUAUGUCUGGAGCCUCUAUGUCUAAAAUACUGAUAAUAGGGAUGCAUCAAUUUUGUGAGAGUUUUUGGCUCCAGUCAGGAGAAUCUGCCAAGGAAGGCGAUCAAAUAAAUGUGUAUUUCAUUGCUUUGGAGAUCCCCAAUUUCUAUAUAGCCUUCUGGCAUUUUGAAGUUUAUAUCUACAGUGCCUAUAGUAAGCAUUCACCCUUGCUUGCAUGCUUUUACUUUCUUUCACUCAGUACUACACUUUGCUAAAUGACAGAGGUUUUGUCCCCUGGACCCUACAAAUCCCUGUGUGUCCUUGUUUGCUGCCAGAGUAUGGUUUAAAAGGAUUUGCUUGGUAAAAAUUCAUUUAAAUGACUAUUACAACUGUUAGUCAGACUCUUAAGUUUAACUGGAUACGCAAUAGUACAUGGGGUCACCAGAGGGCAGACCCAUAGCUGGUACGGUACAUAAAUGUCAUCUUCCAAAUAAUUAGUAGUAGCUUUUGUAUACAAAAAUGUCAAAUUAACACUUUGUUACAGUAUUUCAUGACCAACUCUAUUUAGUGUUGGGAGACCGUUUCACCAAAGUCGACCUUUGAACACAUACUGCUAACAAUGCAUUAGUAUAGCUAAAUGUAUUUAUUUGCUUUACAGUUAUACAAAUUUGAUGGAAAGAAAGUCCAGUUAGCCCAACUUAUCCUAGUAAGCAGAACUGCAUGUUUGACCCAACUUCUAGACCCUGAUGUCAAUCUAGUCCUAAAUGAUCAGACCAUCACCCCAUUACAGCCAUAUUCUUAUGGGGGAUUCAUGUUAUACAGCUUCCUCUUAAUGGCGUAGAAAGCCCUGCAUGCUUUUUCUUUUAAUGCAUUCAUUGCCAGUUUAAAACUCCCUGAUGCGCUGAUGGUCAGACCCAGGUAGGUGUAGCUGGUGCUGUACUCCAGUGUGGUGUUGCCCAGAGUGAAGCGGUACCUGUUUCCCUGAGAUAUGGCUUUUUUCUGGAAGACCAUAACUCUGGCCUUGUCCAGGUUUACUGCCAGUGCCCAUUUCUGACAGUACUGCUCUAGCAGUGACCGGCUCUGCUGAAGACCCUGCUGUUGGAGAAACAAGCACUUUAAGAAACUAUACUUUGAAAGAUUAACUGUAUAGUUUUAGAUUGAGUUAGUAAAAGACAAUUUGGAUUUAAUAUUAUUUACUGGAGCAAGAAGACAUAUGGUAAGAGGAAAGCUUUAAGAGCACCAAAUGGCAAUUUAAAAGGGGACCCUGAACUUCAUCAGAGAGAACCUUCAAAAGCUUAAACAAUCUCCUUCCUUCCUUAUCUUUAUAACAUCAGGGUUUCCUGAGUGGAACAUCAAACGGGCUUUGAUGUUACAAUCACUUAAGGUAAUAAAACAAUAGUGGACCCGCGUGAUCAAUAAUAUUAUUGGUUCAUACGAGGCUUGUAAAACUUGCAUCAGUAUGUCAUUGUCUUUUCUGGUUGGUUAAGAAAGGUCAUUAAAGGGGAAUGUCUUUUUCUGAUUGGUUAAGAAACGGUAUAACACUGCACACAUAUUAUUAUGUAUUCGAUCUUUGAUUCUGUUAUGACCUGUGCUUAGGGAAAAUGCGAUACCCAACUGUUUGACUGUAUUGAAUAAAAAGUCUUUGUUGAAAUCUACAACAGAGUUUGGAAUCACAAUAAUUAUUUAUACUGAUGGAUGCAUAAAGGAAAAAUGAGCACUAACUUCCAACUAACCUUUUAUUUUUAAAACAACACCUGCUCUGUGGGUGGCAGCAGGACCAGGUCAUCUGCAUAGAGCAGGAAUUUAAUUUUUGUCUUGUGUAGAGUGAGACCAGGGACUGCAGACUGUACAGGCACUGUAGCCAACUCGUUGUUGUUUUGUUACCAGUUUUCACACUGCACUUAUUUUCUGGAUACAUUGAUUUUAUUAUGUCAUAUACUUUACCCCCUACAUCACUUUG